AUGAAUUCCAGGAGGUUCGGCUUCCUUCUUUCCCUUCUACAAUGUAUCUUGAAACUUUUUGCUUUUAGAAGGCAACUUUUUUUUUUUCACUUAGCUACUAAUCAGCGUGUUUGACAAGCUUUACUGCCUUGAAUCAGUUUAUACGAAAAAAAUCAUGUGAAAUUGAUUUUUCUACUUUUUAUUACUGCAAAAUAUUUGGCUGUAACUUCUACAUAAUUCAUAGUUUUUUUUUCAUCCAAUUACGUUUUUUCUUGCAGAGAUUAUCGGACCAGCAGAACUGCUUUAUUUGAUGGCAUCGAGGAGGGUGGCAUCAGAGCCUCUCCAUCCUAUGCUUCCCAUGAAAUUGAUGAGCAUGAAAAUGAUAGAGCUCUUGAUGGGUUGGAAGAAAGAGUUAAUAUACUAAAGAGAGUAAGUCCAUUGGAUGAAAUAACUACUUUGCAGCUUUGUUUCGUUCUCAACCAUCUCAGAUAUCACAUCCAUUUUUCAUUGAGCAAGGGAUUGUGGGUAGCUAAUCAUGCUGACGUGUUACUUCUUCUUUUUUUCACUCUGUUGACCUAUGACAGGAGGGGAAUGAUAGUAAACAUUACUCUUUUGUUUUUCCCGGAAACUGCGCUCUUACAUUCCUCGAAAGCGUUGACUAUGUGAAUCUAUAUUUGCCAGAUGAUGAAAAAGAGUAUAGACAAUGAGAGAGGUAUCCAUUGGCCUGUAUUUCAGUUUUUAUUGGUCAAAACUAGGUGACGAAACUCAAUGCUACUCUCUGGCCUAGGCUAAAAGCCACAUGAACCGUUGACUAUGUUUCCACUUAUUGUACAAUUUUCAUGCUUGCAUUUUUCCUUCUUGUGCUCAGAGUCAAUGCUUUGCUUCCUUCAUUGAAGUUUUCAUACACAAAUAAGUCAACUUCUCUCUACUUCUCCGUCCUCAUUACUCAUCAGUCGACUCUGCUUCCAUGGAAUCUUGCUACCCUGCUUCAUUCUUCAAUUCUCAUUUUUAAUUUGUGCCCACUCUACCAUAAGUCAACCAUUCAACUUCCGCGCUUCAUACGUUGACUUCUUGAACAGUUGACUGGCGAUAUAAACGAAGAGGUCGAAAGCCACAACCGCGUGCUGGAUCGAAUGGUGCGUUCCCAAACCUGCUGCGACUCCAUUGGCACCCUCAUGUACAUACAAUAGCAGCAUUUAGUUUAUUUCCCCUGUGCUGGAUUUAGGGCAACGACAUGGAUGCAUCAAGGGGGGUUCUCUCCGGAACCAUGGACCGAUUCAAGAUGGUACCUUUUUUUCUUUUUUUUUUCCUUAUCGGAUUGUCCCCAUAAUUCUCCAAAAUGACCCCACCAGAUUAACUCCUCUGAUGGGGUCAACGCCAGGUGUUCGAGACCAAGUCGAGCCGGAGAAUGGCCACCCUCGUGGCGUCCUUUGUGGCGAUCUUCUUGCUGGUCUACUAUUUGACCAAGUGA